UCACUGGGUGGUCGAACCAAAACAUCGGAAACACUCAUGCAUGAAUACAGGAGCUUUCGAAUUAUAAACCAACACAGUUUUUUAAUUUUGGCAGUGGUGAGAUAAAGAGCUUUCUCAAUGAAGGUUAUUAAAAAGACAACAUCAAUUGCCUGUUUGCUUUGAGCUUAAUACAAUGUUAAUAAUGCGGGAAAGCUAUCUAAAACCAACAAAGUUAACCUCGUUUAAAACUUUCAUUAUUCUGUUCACCAGAAAUGGUAUUAAAUUUGUUUCUCUUGUUAAAGGGAACUUUUUUUCUGAUCGUCAGGAUUCGCUGCUUUAGCUCUUUGUCUUUCUAUAGUCAUCGAAAUGCUAAGCCCUUAGGAUGAUGAGUUUACAUUGCGAUACAGCAGGUUAAAGCACCUUUAAUUAAAGUGCAAAAGGGAUGAAAAUCUCUUGGUUUUUUUGCUUUCUUAGUUUAAUUCCUCUAAGACACUGCGACGGUCUUUAUGAAGAUAUGUAAUCCAGGCCUCAUUUCCAUAAGGAAGUGAUAAAACUGUUAGCCAAUUGCCCACGCAAGUGGUUCAGCAAUAAUUAAAACUCUUGAAAUCAUCUCACUUUUUCAGAGGCUACUAUGCUAUCACCGGCUGAUUAGUCGGAAGAUUGAAGUCAGAUUUCUGUAAGAGCGACUUUAGUUGUGGACACACAAUCGAACACAAAGCAAAUAGUUCAAAAUAUUUAAAAUUCGUGGGCUUAACAGAAGCUUGUGGUUCCCUGUCGUGGAAUCACUUUAUGGAGUGCAGCGUGAACUCUGCCUGAUUCGUAAAAGUGCAGUAAAGCUAAGUCACCGGUAUCGCUAAUUCUACGAGAAUGUUAAACAAAAAUGACGGACUACAAACUGCGCUGAUGUUGAUGGCCGUUCUUGUUUGUUCAUGUGAACAGUUCUCUGCAAACUUUUCCAGUCAUAACAGGUCGUUCAAGGCUUACGAAAACUCCACCUGGAUAGUGGAAACCCUUUUGAAAGACUACGACAAAAGAAUCAGACCUGGUGUGAAGGGUUCUCCAGCCGAAGUGCGAGUUGACAUGUACGUUGCCAAUAUCUGGGCCAUGGAAGAAGUUAAAAUGGACUUCACAAUUGACAUUUACCUGCGCCAGUACUGGAGGGAUGAACGCUUAGCUUUUGCUGGUCUGACCUCUGAUCCAGUCCUGACACUAAGUAGCAACAUUAACAAACAGAUAUGGAUACCAAGCACUUACUUCUUAAAGACCAAGAAAGCGUAUUUCCAUGACGUGACCACGGAGAAUUAUCUGCUACAGAUUCGGCCUAACGGAAGCAUCUUCUACAGUGUGCGACUCACAAUAACUACUUCAUGUACGCUGGAUUUGCGUAGAUUCCCUCAUGACACCCAGAUAUGCUCAUUAGCCCUAGAGAGUUAUGGAUAUCAAACAACAGAUGUGUGGUACGCGUGGAACCCCAGAGACGACAACACCUCAGCCAUUUAUGUCAACAAUGAAGUGGAGCUUCCUCAGUUUGAGUUGGCCAGUGUGGAGAAAACAUCAGCAAUAAACAAAUACAAUAUAGGUAACCACUCUUCCUUGAUAGCCAUUUUCAAGAUGAAGCGCCGUAUUGGCUACUUUUUGAUUGACACUUACGUGCCAUCCACCAUCAUCGUCAUCAUUAGCUGGAUAUCGUUCUGGAUUAACCCGGAUACUGCGCCUGCGCGCGUAGCUUUGGGAAUCACGACUGUUCUUACGAUGACGACACUCAUUUCCAGUGCACGUGCGUCACUCCCGAAAGUGAGCUACGUGAAAGCAAUAGACUGGUAUUUACUCCUGUGCCUUAUCUUUGUUUUUGGGUCCAUUUUGGAGUACACGUUUAUAGCUUUUAUGAUCAACGUUAGGAAUAAAAACAAGAAAAAGGCUUUAACGAACGGCGAAUUGUGCUCGAAGGAAAGGGACGAAACAAGAGAACUGCUGUCCAUGUUUGGUCCAAAGUGUUCUCCUCGACGGGGAGCCGCCCUGAAGCGAGUGUACAGUCAUGCUGAAACAGACUCACUUGGCGCAGACACGAAAACGUUUCCGGAAAAAUCCGAGAAUACGAAAUGGCACAUGAUUGGUGAUCCGCUCAUUAUUGACAGGUGCUCUCGAAUUGGGUUUCCUCUCACGUUUUUCGCAUUUAAUUGCAUUUACUGGCUAGUUCAUAGCAAAAGUUAAAGUAUGGCGUGGCAUUAAAGAAAGAAAGUUUUCUAAGAAUCGUGUCAAUGGCAUCGGAGACAUCGAAGACUGGACUAAAAGAAAACUGAGGCGGAUUUGAAAUAGGAACAAUGGUUGUAUCAAUUAUUUUUUACACUUUGAUUCAAUUAUUUUCUACACUGUGAUGCUGGCCAUUCAGUGAUUUGUACUGUUAAAAAGAGUAUUGUUUGACUAUUGUUGCUAAGGUUGGUUUGCCGUCGUAUCGUCCUUUGGAAGAUGUUCAGGAUUAAAGAUUUAAUCAUAGAACUAUGAAAGAAAAACUUCUUGAGAAAGACGCAUAGCCUUUAGAGUAAAUUAAAAAAAAAAAAAACAUAUUCGGAUGGCGGUUUAUAUGUAAGUUAACUUUUAGGAUACUUAAUAAAUGUAGAAAAAGUACGUUUUUUUGUGGCUUGAAUUAGUCAACCAAACCAGAAAGAAACCCUAAUAAUUGUGCAGUACUUUUUUGUGCCACUGUUUUUCUUUAUUUUGUAGACGUCGGUAAUAAAAGACAUGACUGCCUAGUGUGUAACCAUUCAAAUGAAACCAUUUAAGUUUUUGUGUUGUUUUACUGUGGCUCUGCCUUUAGAAAUGUUUGUUUUUAAAAUUGUCCUAAAAAUCGUCAACUUUUAUGAAACGUUGUCAGCUUUUUACUUAAAUCAAGUAUUAAUUUAAGAAAUGGUUAUUAUUAACUGCGUGUUUUUUGUACAUCCAUAUCUCUUACAUUAGCAACAUUGUACAUCCCAUUUCUGUUUAUGCAUAGUUAUGUACUUAAGAUAUCCUAGCAAAGUGGAAUUACAUUUGCUUUCUUUGCUAGCAUCUCGAUGUUGUAUACCGCCUACCAUCGAAUAAUUUGUAUGAGAUCUUAUCAUUACAAAAUAUUAAUUAUAUUAACAAUAAAGUUAUAUAGCAGAACGUAUUUCAUUGACAAUAGUUCCUCUUGAUCGUAUGUUAAAAUUUAAAGAGUCCAAACCUGUUUGUCAACAGUUCGACAGUUUAAUUUUAUUACUUUAUAUGAUUAUACUUCUAAACCAUAAUCGAGAAAGCGAUAAAAGUAAUUGUAAAAAUUCUGUUUACAAUUUCGGUCGUUGAAUUUUGAUACAGCUAGAAAGAAUUUUAGCAAUUGAAAAUUAAGAAGUAAUCUCAUUUUCGUUUUGUGUUUCAAGUUUGGAAAUUUACACAAAAAAGUAGAUUUCCGAAAGGUAUCAGAAAUCUUAACUAGAACUUAUUAUCUGAAUUAAUCAUACCCGUAGUUAUUUUGUUUUGGUAUUAUGUGGUUAAAGUAUACAGGUUACUUGAUUCAAAAGUUUUAUUUUGUUAAUAUUAAAUGAAGCUCUAAGCUAUGAACAUAACAAAAAUAGUUAUUAUAUACAGGUGUAUAAAGUCUGUUCAGGAAUACUGAUCACUAUUUAUUUAGCUAUAACGAUUAAGGAGUUUUCCUUGGAAUAAAGGUUGACAUAAACAUCUUUUGGAAACGUUCUCUGAUUGGUCUUGUGUUUAAUGUUUCUGACUACGUAUAAUCAAUGGCUAUUCUAGAAGUCGCCAUGUUGCGAAAAAAUAUCAAGGACAAAGUACCUCUCACUUGGCUGCGUGUAUUAUCAGCCACAAAAGCCGUGUUUAUUUGCACUUUACUCCUUAUUUUCCAUUGAGUAUACCCAAUUCUACAACUGUAUUCAUUCACUCGUGCAUUGAUAGUUUU